AUAUUUUAGAAUUACUGAAAAUACAUUUUAUUUAACAGGAGCUAUCAAUUGAUUUAUAUUAACCUUUAAAGGUCUAACCUUGAUUUUGGGUGUAUUAGCUCUGGAAAGGAAUCUUGACAUAGUCCCUACUAUUCGCUUUGCCCUUGUUAUGGGCUUUUGUGGUAGAUUACACUAUAUUUUCCUAUUAUGUUUGGGGGUCAUACUGGGGAAAUCGAAUGGAUUCUUGCGGGGUGUACUGCACGCAUGUUCCUAUUCGGGUUCUCAUUUUUCUCUGUUAGCUAAGCGCCGCAAGAGUGCCCGUGUAUUGAUAACAUUGGAGUGUACUGAGGCUCGUAAGCUUGGUUUACCUCCUUCUAGGUACUACGCAUCGAAGAACAAGGUGAAUACUCCGGAGCGUUUGGAGCUUAUGAAGUACAACAAGUAUCUGCGUCGACACACAUUACACAAGGAGAUCAAGUAGUUAAUCACGUUUGUUUGUUACAUGUGCAGGUUGUUCGCUAUAUCGUGAUCUAGGUGUGAAACUAUUGAAUUUAUUUUGCAGUAUAGACACCAUUGGUUAUUAUCCAUCUGU